AUGGCAACCCAAUAUAGUCUACUAUUAUGUGUUCUUAACAUACUUGUAUUUUUGGUUCCGGAGAUCACGGGAACAAAUAAAAUUCCUGGUAUUAUUGGAUUUGGAGACUCUACGGUUGAUGCAGGAAACAACAAUCAAAUUCCAACCUUGGCAAAAGGUAAUUUUCUACCAUACGGACAAGAUUUCGGAGGUGGAAAACCCACUGGAAGGUUUUGCAAUGGUCGGUUGGCAACUGAUUUCUUGUCAGAUAUGUUAGGGAUUAAACAUUCGAUACCGGCAUAUCUGGAUCCAGAUUUUGGUAUUGAAGAUUUUGCUACCGGAGUUGCAUUUGCUUCAGCUGGAACUGGUUAUGAUGUUGCUACGUCGAAAGUGUUAGAUGUGAUACCCCUAGCAAAAGAAUUGGAAUACUUCAAAGAGUACCUGAAGAAGUUAACAUCCUUGUUUGGAAAGGAUAGCGCAGUAGAGACUGCAAGAGAAUCAUUGUACUUUAUCAGCAUUGGAACGAACGAUUUCAUCGUGAAUUACUUCACUGUCCCAGGACGUUCAUUUCAAUUUACGGUAGCGGAAUACGAGAAUUUUCUCCUUGGUAUUGCUAGAAAUUUCCUUAUCGAACUUUACAGUCUGGGUGCUAGAAAAAUAGGAUUAGUCGGGCUUCCUCCUAGUGGUUACCUACCAAUAGCAAAAACUGAGAAUCACGUUUCAGGGAGACCGAAUUUGGAAGAGUUAAAUGAAGCUAGUAAAGAAUUCAAUGUUAAGUUACAAAAUUUGGUAGUGAGCUUGAGUAAAGAGCUUGAGGGGAUCAAAUUGGUGUACGCAGAUAUCUACGGUCCUAUUCUACAUAUCAUUCUGAAUCCAAAUUUAUAUGGUAAAUUCUGGUUUUUGAUGUUUCAGCUAAACUGUGAACUAUUUAGAGUAAACGUGGUCACGGAGCAAAUAAUUUAG